UCAGAAGAUUGCGUGGUUGGAAACUCAUUUUCAUCUGUCUUUUCACAGCACAUUUAAGAGAAAAUCGCAUUCGCUACUUCCUGUAGCUUCUGUCUUGACGCGGAUCCAAUGUUUACAAAGGGUAUUUCCAAAUAUCAGGAUUCACGGAAAUAACAUCAUCAAAAGAGUGUGUGGUUGGAAACUCAUUUUCAACUCUGUUUGAGAAAAUCACGUAAGAUACUUUUUGUAGCUUCUGCGUUUGACGCACAUCCGAUGUUUACAAAUGUGUUUUCAUGUAGAGAAUCAAUUUUUCCUUCAUUUAAAAUCUUCUAGCUGUAGCUUUGAAUCAAACUCACCUUUUGAGGGUGAAAUUCAUAAAUCAAAAUCCUAACUCAUAAAUCAUAAUUCAUAAACAUGUGAAAAAUCUAAAUACUAAAGAGGUCAUUUAUUUUACCACCUUAUUUUUGAUAUUAUGGAAACCAGGUGGAAAUAUUUAUGAGUCUUGCAAGCAUAAAAUUAAGUUUCAGCCUUAAAUCUGCGUUGCUAAAAUACAAACACCGAUAAACCCUCCAAUUAAUGAAAUGAUGCCCAAACCUUUCAAUUUUCCCGCCAAACGCACAACCGCACUUUUCCUCCUAACCGCAACCACCGCCGCCGCCGCCGCCGCACAAACCACCAACUCCGCCGUUCCCUCUCCCCUCCCCGCGUUCUCUGCCGACAAACUCGGAGGCGAAAUCCACGGCCUCAUCCGCACCGCUCGUGCCGUCUCGGCGGUUGCUUCCACCGUCGUUGACUACGAAUUCUCGUUGCGCGGCCUUCACAAGGACUCCGACCAGUACCGUCGAGCGAUUUCCCAGGUUCAUCUACGCUCUGCCGAGAGGUUUCUCAAGUUAUGCGAAGCCAACAAAGGGUUUUACGUGAAGGCUGGACAGUUCGUUGCUUCGCAGAAAGUGCUUCCUAAAGAGUAUUCGUCCACUUUGUCUUCAUUACAGGACCAGGUUGCUCCUCUUCCUUUUAAAGUUAUUAGGGAAGUGUUAAAGGAUAAUGUCGGACCUGAUUUCUCUGAGAUGUUUUUGUCAAUUGAUGAACAGCCUAUAGCCGCUGCAUCUAUUGCUCAAGUUCACCAUGCAGUGCUGAAAAGUGGACAUGAAGUAGCAAUCAAGGUACAAUAUCCUUGGAUAGAGCAGCAGAUGAAUUUUGAUACAAGGACAAUGUAUUUCCUAUCAAAAACUAUUGCAUGGUUAUACCCUCAAUACAGGUUUGAUUGGCUACCAUUAACGUUUGCCAAGUCUGUGUCCUCAGAACUUGAUUUUGUUCAGGAGGCAAGGAAUUCUGAGAUAGCAGCCAAAAAUUUCAAAAAUAACAAAAUGGUCAGAAUUCCUCAUGUAUUCUGGGACUUGACAACAAGGCAAGUCCUAACCAUGCAGUUUUAUACAGGACACAAGAUUGAUGACUUGGAUUUUCUGAAUCAGAUUGGGGUUGAUCCAGAAAAGGUAGCAAAAUCACUGACUGAGCUGUUUGCUGAAAUGAUAUUUGUACAUGGUUACAUACAUGGUGAUCCACACCCUGGUAAUAUAUUAGUUUCUCCCGAAGGUUGUAAUGGUUUCUCUUUGGUUCUUCUAGAUCAUGCAGUCUACACGACAUUGGAUGAUGAAUUCAGAAAAGAUUUUUGUCAAUUAUGGGAAGCUUUAAUUCUCAAGGAUUCAAUGAAAACAAUGCAGCUUGGUGAGCGAUUUGGUGCCAGGAAGUAUUCCAGAUACUUACCCAUCAUUUUCACUGGAACAACCAUUGAAAGCAAAAAUGUUGUUGGCAUAUCAAUCAAAGAAAAAGAGACCUUGAAACACGAAUUGAAAAGUCUGUUGUUUGAGGACGUAUCUUCAUUCAUGGAGUCUCUGCCCCCAGAUUUUAUUGCUAUACUGCGUGUAGAUGCACUGUUGAGGUCUAUCAUUAGAAAGAUGGAUGUCUCACGGGUCACGAGGUUGCUAACUUACACUAAAUAUGCGGUGUAUGGUCGUCUCUGUCUAAAGUCGAAUGGUGAAGGCGAAUCGUGUAAAAUACUCGGAACAAACUUGUAUUUUAAUGCGAAAGCUGGUUUUUUCAGUUUCAUAUCAACGAUAAAAUAUCUCCACAUCCUAAUUACGGUCUUUAUAGGGACCAUUGAUGUUAUCCCUUGGAAGCAGAAGUUGAAAAGUGUACAGAAAUACUUGUACAGCAAGAUCAGUUGCGACUCUUUUGGCUGCCUGGUGCAUUCCGUUUUUCUCCUUUUAUGUAUCAGUCGUAAUACAUUGUUUUAGAUAUUGAAUUCUGUCUCGACCAAAGGCUUAUUUGACGGUAUACUAUCCCUGAAUAAGAGUUGGGAGUGUACCAAAUGACAGAUCAAAGUAUGAAAGAAGCGAAUCUCAAUUGUAUAAACAGAAUGAAUGAUUAUAGUUAAAAUAAAUUAAAACAAUCUUAA